AUGACCAGUCUGGUGGUGGUGCUGGUGGCGCUGGUUUUCUCCAGGGCUGCAGCGCAGGGCAAUGGCUGCUCGAGCGUGAUGAUGACCCUCUCCCCGUGCAUGGACUUCAUCUCGAGCAAGGCACCGGAACCAGGGAUCUCCUGCUGCUCGGUGAUCGCCGGAGUCGUCCAGACCGACCCCCGCUGCCUCUGCAUGGUCCUGGAUGGCACUGCGACGUCCUUUGGCAUCUCCAUCAACCAGCCGAGGGCGAUGGAGCUCCCAGGAGUCUGCAAGGCGUCCCAGGAGCACCUGCACCAACACCUUCCAACGAGGCAGCAACAGCAGAGGGGGAAGAAGUUGAGGCAGCAGCAGAUUCCCCAUCAGGUGAAGUCAUUGGUAAACCUAUAUGUUCUCAUUUAG